AUGGAUAAUCCGGAAUCACUUUUUUCAAAAGUGUUUAAGGAGAGAUACUAUCAGAACUCUACUCCCCUAGACCCAAUACGAUCUUACUCUCCGUCCUAUGGAUGGCAGAGCAUCAUCUCGGCUCGAUCUCUGAUUCAAAAAAGGCUUAUUAAAAGAGUUGGUUCAGGCUCUUCCAUUUCAGUAUGGUAUGAUCCCUGGAUUUCUGACUCUCGCCCGAGGUCAGCUACUUGUAAGGGAAUAAAUUACUAUCCCCACCUGAUGGUGAGCCAGCUAAUUAAUUUCCAGUUAUCAACGUGGAACAUUCCACUAUUACACCAAUUAUUUGAGAAUGAGGAAGUAACUCGAAUAACGGGGAUUACUAUUGCUACCGGGUAUAAACCAGACACUUAUGGUUGGUUCUAUACAAAAUCGGGGCGGUACACGGUUAAGUCGGGGUAUAGCAUUUUACAGGAAUACCCAGAACAGGAGGUGCUCCCAAUAUUUGGACCAGAUCUCCGGAGAUUGCAAGCCCACUCAUUGAAAGUCAAAUGCACUACCAAGCUUCAACACUUUAUUUGGCAAAUUAUCACCGGCUGUUUAUCGGUUGGUGCAUGGUUAUGUAGUCGGGGAAUGAGAGUGGAUCCACAAUGUGUGCGUUGUGGGAUGGGUGAUGAGACAAUUAACCAUAUGUUAUUUGAAUGUCCACCAGCCCGCCAGGCUUGGGCUCUCUCACCAAUCCCAACACCACCUCAAUCUUUUCCUACGGGCGCCCUGUUCUCCAAUAUGGCUCACCUUUUCUGGAGUCUGCCGGACAAUGAGGAUAUGCUGAUCUAUCCAUGGUUACUUUGGUUUAUUUGGAAAGCACGAAAUUAUAAAGUAUUUUCAAAUGAUGAUCAUGAUCCGCGGGAUGUCUUGGAGUCCGCGAUUACAGAGACCCGUGCAUGGGCUUCUGCACAAUCGAGGGACGAAAUCAGGUUGCCGACAACGGUGAUACACCUAGGGAACACACUUUCGGGUGAGUGGUGCCAGUUGGAUGGGGCGUGGAAGGAAACUGAAUGUCGAGCGGGACUUGGUUGGUAUAACUAUGAUCCGGGCUCGGGCUCCACUUUGGUUGGGUCUUGUAAUUUACGGCGGGGUCUCUCCCCCUUGCAAACAGAAUUGGAGGCAUUAGUUUGGGCUAUGCAAAGUAUGCUGGCUCACAAUAAACAGCAAAUGAAUUUUCAAACAGACUGUGCUGAGUUGGUGAAGAUGGUGGCAAACCCUAACGACUGGCCGGCGUUCGAGAUUCUGCUUGAAGAGGUGGAGAAGUGCAAAAGGCAGUUCCAAGCAUUCUCUCUAUCCCAUAUCCCGAGGAAAAAGAACACGAAGGCAGACAAGCUAGCACGGAGUGCUCGAGAUCAGCUUUAUGAUGUGUGCUAUGUAAACUCAGUUCCACCGGUUACGCUUCCCGUGCCGAGAUAG